CGACUGAAAGGAAAAAAGACGAACGACUUCGAUCGCUUCUUCGAGUUAAUAGCUCGACUUCUAACGAAGCAGGAAAUGCUACGCGAAACGAACGUGGUGCCGCAGUUAGAUAGGAUCUGCCACGGAAAGAGACGAUUUUCUAGUUCCUCGCUGCUUCGGCGAUCGUUUCGUGGCAUUACGUAUACUCGCGUGAGCUCGAACCGGCCAACUUUCGAUGAAGUUAAAAGAGUGUGUUUCCGUCAUGCUGUGGAUGAACAAAGUAUGAAGUUCUCGUGCUUCCCGAAGCCAAGUAUCCUGGGACAGAGGGGCAGUAUCAAUCUUGUCUCUCUGUCUGGGAAUGAGUCGAACAAUGUGAACAGUACGACCUUAAACCAAAAUGUGAAGAGCCCAGUGGUAACGAGCUACAAAGAAUCUGGUGAACCAGACCUGACUCAUGGCGUUAUACGACCCUUACCUGGUGCUACGGUAAUAUCUAAUGGAAUCGGCCCACCUGUACAGUCCCAUGGAAAAAGUAGGGCACCAUUGCCACCACAACAAAAUCACAAUGAGAACGAUCAAGAUUCUGUCAGAACUUCGGAUGGUUCUGAUCAACCUGCGAAUCCCAGAGGCGGUAUUAUCGGCAAAACUCCAACGCCACUCUCUGAGCCAACUCCUGUUUACGAAAAGGACGAAAGGAGUAAACAACAGAUUACAAAGGCCAUUUUGGAGAACGAAUUUCUUGGCAACCUUGAAGAAAAUCAGGUGGAAGCGUUAGUCGAUGCCAUGUACCCGAAACAUAUACCAGCGAACACAUUAGUGAUUCGAGAAGGAGAUAUGGGAUCGCACCUGUACGUGUCAGCGGAAGGAGAGUUCGAUAUCUAUGAGGGCAACAAUUUCCAAAGAAGCUUUGGUCCUGGCGUCGCGUUCGGCGAAAUUGCUUUGUUAUACAACACCAAGAGACUUCGAUCCAUCAACGUAAAGAAAGGUGGAAAGGUGUGGGUCCUCGACCGACCUGUGUUUCUCACUAUUAUGAUUGACACAACGCAGAAAAGGCUGGAAGGAAACAUUCGAUUCCUUAAACAAGUUUCUGUUCUCCAAAAAUUGCCCGAGCCAAAGGAUCACGUCCUCGCUAAGAUUUCCGAUCUUCUCCGCGUGGAAUUUUAUCCUGCUGGAGCAAAAAUAGUUACGCAAGGAGAAAAAGGUGACAAAUUUUUCAUAAUCAGCGGUGGAAAUGUUAGAAUAACGAAAGACACCGAGGAUGGUGACGAAGAAGAGCUAGUGGUCCUUGGCAAGGGUCAAUACUUUGGAGAAAUAGCUCUUUAUGACGACACUGGUGAAAAUCGUCGACACGCCAACGUCAUCGCACUGGCACCUGGUGUCGAAUGUUUAACUUUGGACCAACAUUCCUUCCUGAAUUAUUUGGGUGGCCUCGACGAGAUACGCAACAAGGAUUGGUUAGCGGAAUACGGAAAACAGAAACAAUCGCUGACGCUGAAGAAGUGGUCUAGCGAGUAUUCGAACGUCACUUUGGCCGAUUUGGAGACCAAAGCAACGCUAGGAGUUGGAGGGUUCGGCAGAGUGGAAUUAGUCACUUUAAAGUCAGAUCCUCAGAAGAGUUUUGCUCUCAAGAGGCUGAAGAAGAAGGUGAUGGUGGAGCAACAGCAACAGGAACACGUGCUGAACGAGAAACAUAUUAUGCAAGCCUGUGAUUCUCCAUUCAUAUGCAAGCUCUACCAGACGUACAAGGACCGAAAAUACGUAUAUUUCCUGAUGGAAGUCUCUCUAGGUGGAGACGUAUGGACAACUCUCCAAAGAAGGCGAGUCUUCGAUGAGCCAACUGCACAAUUCAUGGUAGGAUGCGUGGUGGAAGCUUUGGAUCAUCUUCAUUCGAUGAACAUUAUUUAUCGCGAUCUAAAGCCAGAGAAUCUUAUGCUCGACGCCCGUGGAUACUUGAAACUAGUUGACUUCGGUUUCAGUAAAAAGAUCGGACCAUCGAAGACGUGGACCUUCGCUGGUACGCCCGAGUAUGUGGCGCCAGAAAUUAUUCUGAACAAAGGACACGAUAGGGCGGUGGAUUACUGGGCUCUCGGAAUUUUAACUCAUGAGCUACUAAUCGGUAAGCCACCAUUCCGAGGUUCUGAUCAUAUGACCAUUUACAACAAGAUUCUGAAGGGUAUCGAAGUGGUCGGAAUACCUAAUUCCAUUAGCAGAAACGCCAGCAGUAUCAUCAAGAAGCUUCUUCGUCUAAGUCCUUCUGAACGUCUUGGCUACCAAAGAAAUGGCAUCCAAGAUAUUCGAGAUCACAAAUGGUUCAAUGGAUUUAAUUGGCAAGCCUUGCAGAGAUUAACCUUACCAGCGCCAAUCGUUCCAACAAUACGAAAUCCGACCGAUACGAGGAAUUUCGAAAAGUAUCCGCCAGACCGUAAUGUUCCACCGGACGAGUUCUCUGGAUGGGACGCGAGCUUCUAAGCAGGAAAAAUCGCACGAUAAUCUAAGCUGUACAUGAUUUCUCCAUUAAACGUUUGAUAAGAGUCGUGAAAUGAUACAAAAAGUGAACGUGAAGGAUGAAAAUAAUGUUUCCAAUAAUACCCAACAAUAAAAACACACCGAUAGCAAAGAGAUUAUCGUUAUCUUUAAUCGAUUCGUAUAUUAUAGAUAUGUAGUUUCCUAUGUAUGUUUCUUGCAUUCGAAAACACUAAUGUAUGAAGACACUAAUCUUGUAUCUUAUGACUAAACUGUAAUUAAUUAGCAAUAUAUAAUAGCAAUAUAUAUAAUUCUUGUAAAAGAAGUAGAAAGCGAACAAAAAGAUACUCUGCGAUCGAUAAUAAUUUUAAUCAUGAUAAUUUUAAUAUUACUAAUUAAUAAUAAAUUUAUAGGUACAUGAGUUGUUAA